AUGCUUCGAUUCGUCCUCUUUGCCAUUGGAGCUUUCGCCAUGACUGAAGCGGUUUGCACGAAUGCCUAUUCUUCAUGCACGAGUUGGGCGGCGAACGGUUUCUGCACGAACAGCUUCUACACGGCCGCUCAACGAACCUCGUAUUGUGCCUUGUCAUGUGGCGCCUGUACAACCUCGUCGACUUCGUGCUCGGAUUUGAACUCGAACUGUGCUACCUGGGUGGCCAAUGGCUUCUGCACGAACACCGCCUACACGAGUGCCCAAGUGGGCUUU